AGCGGAGCCUAUCUCUCUCCAAGACCCGUUCUCUUCAGCUCAACACGGCCAGCCGCCAAGUACUCCAAGACCGGUUUACCACCAUCGUACCGGUCAGCUACCGGGCCCUUAUCGCUGGGAAAACAAAGAUGCCUGAGUGCCAAUGCUUGGCGAGCUCCACCGAUCGACGGCGGGUCCAAGGGAGCAACAUCGGGGCUCUGUCUGAUAGUGAUUGGACUGGGAAUGUAAUCGGCACGCGAGGGCGGAAAAGCAUGACGCCGUGAUGGCGGUGCCAAGGGACAUGCCAAGCGGGCAACAUUGCGAUGGAUCACUCGACAGUUCCGGAUAGGGGGAGACAAGUGGUCAAGAUAUCGUUGUUGAUAGGAGUUCUUGUGUUGCUGCUUUGGCACACUGCCAUGUAGCCACACACGCAAAGAGUCAGAGCCGACACAUGAAGCUGUUGGACGUGUCGCUUGGCUUGAAACACUCUUUUCCGGCGGUGUAACAGACACACAAGGCAAGCGGUGAUGGACAGACAUCGCUUGCGCGAAGUCUCUGGCAGGUGGCAGGCGAACAGUAGAGAUAUCGCUUGGCGCGCACCGUCGGAUUUUUGGGCAGAGAGACUGGCCUGGGAUAUAAACCAAUCGACCCUGCCCGCGCGGGCCUGCGCCCCAGCCAUGUUUUUUGCCUAGCAAAAUCAAUUUCUUUUAAGCAUUACGCUGCACCUUGGCCUGAGGAUACCAUCACUGACUCGCUUGUCUCAAUGCACAAUCAACCACCACCUUCAUCCUCCGGAGGCAUUCAGCCACCCGGGGCACCAGCUGCAAACCCUAACAAUCAACUCAUCUAUUGGGAUGCAUCGAUCGCCCCAAAUCCCUCUGCCCCCCAGUUCAAUGACGAGUCCAGAGAUCCCGCCGGCAUCUGGUCCGUAGGGGGCAGCACGACGGUGUCUCUAUCGGGCCACCAAGUGGCCCUGGACGAUGACACCGGCUUUCGCUCCACGCUAUCUCGUCACUUCUACGCGGACAUUGAGACCACACACACGGACAUACUUCUCGUAAUCUGCGCUUUUGUCAGCGGCCUCGUCGACGGUCUUGCCUUCAAUGCUUGGGGCAGCUUCGCCAGCAUGCAAACAGGCAAUGCUGUCUUUCUCGCCCUUGGCGUCUCCGGCCAGCCCUCCCGGCCAGAAUACCGCUGGGCAAAAUCACUCAUCUCUCUCGCAACAUACAUGCUAAGCAGCAUCACAUUCAUCCGCGUCUCACGCGCCCUCGGCCCCCGCCGGCGCCUAACCAUGGUUCUCUCCUUCGGCGUCCAGACCGCCCUACUCUUCAUAGCGGCCAUGCUAAUCCAAUGCUCCGUCGUCAGCCCCGAGCCCGAAGACGUUAGCGCCCCCAUGGAAUGGAUGCAAGCGCUCCCCAUCGCCCUGCUAGCCUUCCAAGCCGGCGGGCAAAUCUGUGCUUCGCGCACCCUGGGCAUAGAAGAGAUUCCCACGGUCGUGCUUACCACGCUCAUUUGCGAUCUACUUGUCGAUCCACAAUUACUGGCUAAAACUAACUAUAAGCGCAACCGGCGGGCUGCGGCGUUUUUGGCGCUGUUCGUGGGUGCCAUGACCGCCGGUGGGUUGACGAAGAUCACGGAGAUGGUGGCCAGCUUGUGGUUCGCAAUGGGUCUCAAGCUGGGGAUCACAAUAGCUUGGCUUGUUUGGAAGCCUGCUGGGGGGAGAAAGAAGGAUGUUGAGGGUUGAUUUUCGAUCCUUCCAUCCGAAAAUCAUCUUUCCAUCCAUGAAUAAUUCAACCGUUCAUUCAUUCAUUAGCCAUUCACUCGUUACCUUCCUCCCUUUUCUAUGAAGUCCUCCUGUCCAUUGUUCUUUUCUUUGCAUGAUUUGUGUCUUACGAUGAAUGAUCAAGGUAUAUAUAGCCCUAGUUAGGGCAUGUUUUGAUAGCGGAUAUAGUACAUUGAAUUAGGGCUUGACCCUAGUGACUACCAAUCGAGGAUUCCUUCCCUGCGGGCCUAGACAGGUCAUUUCUUAGCGAG